AUGUCAUCCUACUUUUUAAACAACUGCUUGAAACUAUUUAAAAAUAAUAUAGUAACAAUGAAAGUGAAUAAAGGAUUUUAUAAUAAUAUAAUAAAUAAUAACAAGUCGACAAAAAUUAUAAAAAAUGUAAGCGAUGGAAUAAGUAAAAAGAGUCAUGGAAAGAGAAAUAUAAGUACUUCAAAAGUACAAAAAGGAAAUAAAAUGAAUAUGAUAUUAUAUAAAAAACAUGGUCAGCAUCUUUUAAAAAACCCAGGUAUUUUAGAUAAAAUUAUAUAUGCAGCAAAAAUAAAAAGCUCAGAUAUAGUAUUAGAAAUUGGAUGUGGUACAGGAAAUUUAACGGUUAAAUUGUUACCACUAGCUAAAAAAGUUAUAACAAUAGAUAUUGAUUCAAGAAUGAUUAGUGAGGUAAAAAAAAGAUGUCUUUAUGAAGGUUAUAAUAAUUUAGAAGUAUAUGAAGGAGAUGCUAUUAAAACGGUAUUUCCUAAAUUUGAUGUUUGUACAGCUAAUAUUCCAUAUAAAAUAUCAAGUCCACUUAUUUUUAAAUUAAUAUCACAUAGACCAUUAUUCAAAUGUGCUGUUUUAAUGUUUCAAAAAGAAUUUGCGGAAAGAAUGUUAGCCAAUGUUGGAGAUAGUAAUUAUAGCAGAUUAACUAUUAAUGUAAAACUUUUCUGUAAAGUUACAAAAGUUUGUAAUGUCAAUAGAAGCAGUUUUAAUCCUCCCCCAAAAGUGGAUAGUGUUAUUGUUAAACUUAUACCAAAAGAAAGUAGUUUCUUAACAAAUUUUGAUGAGUGGGAUAAUUUACUAAGAAUAUGCUUCAGUAGAAAGAGAAAAACCCUUCAUGCAAUCUUUAAAAGAAAUGCAGUACUUAAUAUGUUAGAACAUAAUUAUAAAAACUGGUGCACAUUAAAUAAACAAGUUCCCGUAAACUUCCCAUUUAAAAAAUAUUGUUUAGAUGUUUUAGAACAUUUGGAUAUGUGUGAAAAAAGAAGUAUAAAUCUAGAUGAAAAUGAUUUUCUUAAAUUGUUAUUAGAAUUUAAUAAAAAAGGUAUACAUUUCUUUAACAUUUCAAAUGUUAAGAAUAAUGACAUGACGAAUAUUUUUCUAGAUGAUGAUAUGAAUGAUUCUGAUCAAAAUGUAGAUGAUUGA